AUGCUGUUGCUCGUGUUGGUGGUUGUGUCGCUGUUGGGGGUAUCGGCUUUGCCCGUCGACACGCUGCAGCCGCAGGUCUACUCGCCCGUGCAGCUGUCGCAGUACUGCAAUGCGGCGGAUAACUACUGCUUCUACGUCGACCAGAUCCAUCCCGGCACCGUCCGUGCCUCGCCCUAUACCGCCACAGACGAACAGGGGCAGUUCUUGCUUCGACGCGAUGCAUACAUGCAACGUCCCUACCGAGUCUGCUUUGGCGGAUGCUGCAUCCUGUUCGACUUUACCACGCAGCCGGGGUGCGUGCAUAUGCGAUAUGUCGCGCGCAAGCAUGCCGAGCCUGGUCAUUUGUUGGCGAGAUUCGCAAAUGAGCCGCAACAAGUGCUCGGUCCAAGAAGCUUUAUGCAAAAGCACCUUGUUGCUUGUCCUCAAGAUGGAAUGCCCGUGCCAUACGCUAUUAUUGCGGCUAGAGGCGGGAAUGCGACCAUCCCGCACGAAGACGAACGCAAGCUUCAAAUCGAUCCAGUCCAGGAGGGCAAGCAGAACACCAAGCCCGAUUAUUUCGACGACGUGACGGUUCAGCUUAUCAACACCUGA